CCACUAUUCAUGUUCAUUUUUUCUAAUACUGUAAUACUUUAUACCCUUCGGUAGUCCUGCGAGGCCUACCAUUGGAUAAAUUAUGGCUCAAAAUAGCAGCCGCAGCCGCCGACAGAGCCCGAAUAUACUAAUAACGGGAACGCCUGGCACGGGGAAGACGACGACGGCGUCUGCCCUCGCGGACGCGGCUCAGCUUCGCCACAUAAACAUCGGCGAUCUAGUCAAAGCGAAGAACUUGCACGACGGCUGGGACGAUGAGCUCGACUGUUUCAUCAUCAACGAAGACCUUGUUUGUGAUGAACUUGAGGAUAUGAUGGAACAAGGUGGAAACAUUAUUGAUUACCACGGAUGUGACUUCUUUCCAGAGCGUUGGUUUGAUCGUGUUGUUGUUCUUCAAACUGAAAAUUCUGUCUUGUAUGAUCGCUUGAAACAGAGGGGUUACUCAGAAGCAAAACUUAAAAAUAACAUAGAAUGUGAAAUUUUUCAAGUGUUACUGGAGGAGGCAAAAGAGAGUUAUAGAGAGGAAAUUGUAUUUGCAUUAACGAAUAACUCCAUUGAGGAUGUUGCCAGGAAUGUUGAGACCCUUGCUAAUUGGGUUACCAGCUGGAACAGCACAUUGUGAGAUUGUACUUACUUUGUUUUCAUAGAAAUCUAUGAUCUUGCAGAAUGGUUUUGUCCAAGAGUAGCAUUUAUGUAGUAUUUGUGGAUUAUAUGUUAUUAUAUUACUUUUCUGUAUUUUCAUAGAACUGCUUGGUUUCAGAAAUUUUGCCAAUGUUUCUUGCAUGGACCUAAGACGGGAGGGAAGGAAGGGAAUGUGGGCGGUGUCUGUUUAGUUUGGACCUUUGGCACUUUGGCCAGUUAGAAUGUGUAGAGGGAAAAACGCCUUUUCACUUGGACUGUUUUCAGUCCUAAUUAGAAUAACACACGAUACUUGACUGUUUGAUGUUUGAUUCUAAAAGAAUCACAAAAGCACUAUCUGUAUUGUUGAGAGAUCAUUACGUAUAGAAUUGGAAAUGUCACAAUGUAUAUGCUAAAAUAAACAGCUUUAUGACAUUA